AUGAGAACCAGGAAUACAGCAAAUGAGCUGUGUAGACCACAACUGACCAAGUUCCUUCAGACGACCAAGGUCCCCUCAGGUAAAAGGAAAAGUGAUAUAGUAGGUGAAUUACAUAUGCAGACGACCAAGGUCCACUCAGGUAGAAGGGCAAGUGAUACAGUAGGUGAAUUACAAUUGCAGACGACCAAGGUCCGUUCAGGUAGAAGUAAAAGUGAUACAGUAGGUGAAUUACAAUUGCAGACGACCAAGGUCCAAUCAGGUAGAAGGGCAAGUGAUGCAGUAGGUGAAUUACAAUUACAGACGACCAAGGUCCACUCAGGUAGAAGGAAAAGUGAUACAGUAGGUGAAUUACAAUUGCAGACCACCAAGGUCCCCUCAGGUAGAAGGAAAAAUGAUACAGUAGGUGAAUUACAAUUGCAGGCGACCAAGGUCCCCUCAGAUAGACGGAAAAGUGAUACAACGACCAAGGUCCCCUCAGGUAAAAGGAAAAGUGAUACAGUAGGUGAAUUACAUAUGCAGACGACCAAGGUCCACUCAGGUAGGAGGGCAAGUGAUACAGUAGGUGAAUUACAAUUGCAGACGACCAAGGUCCCCUCAGGUAGAAGUAAAAGUGAUACAGUAGGUGAAUUACAAUUGCAGACGACCAAGGUCCAAUCAGGUAGAAGGGCAAGUGAUGCAGUAGGUGAAUUACAAUUGCAGACGACCAAGGUCCGUUCAGGUAGAAGUAAAAGUGAUACAGUAGGUGAAUUACAAUUGCAGACGACCAAGGUCCAAUCAGGUAGAAGGGCAAGUGAUGCAGUAGGUGAAUUACAAUUACAGACGACCAAGGUCCACUCAGGUAGAAGGAAAAGUGAUACAGUAGGUGAAUUACAAUUGCAGACCACCAAGGUCCCCUCAGGUAGAAGGAAAAAUGAUACAGUAGGUGAAUUACAAUUGCAGGCGACCAAGGUCCCCUCAGAUAGACGGAAAAGUGAUACAACGACCAAGGUCCCCUCAGGUAAAAGGAAAAGUGAUACAGUAGGUGAAUUACAUAUGCAGACGACCAAGGUCCACUCAGGUAGGAGGGCAAGUGAUACAGUAGGUGAAUUACAAUUGCAGACGACCAAGGUCCCCUCAGGUAGAAGUAAAAGUGAUACAGUAGGUGAAUUACAAUUGCAGACGACCAAGGUCCAAUCAGGUAGAAGGGCAAGUGAUGCAGUAGGUGAAUUACAAUUGCAGACGACCGAGGUCCACUCAGGUAGAAGGAAAAGUGAUACAGUAGGUGAAUUACAAUUGCAGACCACCAAGGUCCCCUCAGGUAGAAGGAAAAAUGAUACAGUAGGUGAAUUACAAUUGCAGGCGACCAAGGUCCCCUCAGAUAGACGGAAAAGUGAUACAACCACCAAGGUCCCCUCAGGUAGAAGGAAAAGUGAUACAGUAGGUGAAUUACAUAUGCAGACGACCAAGGUCCACUCAGUUAGGAGGACAAGUUAUACAGCAGGUGAAUUACAAUUGCAGACCACCAAGGUCCCCUCAGGUAGAAUAUGGUAA